AUGGUCGGCCCCCUCCGGGUGUGGGUGGGCGCAUAGACGUGUGUGUGUGUGUGUGUGCAUGUGUGUGUGUUCAGGUGUGAGCAUUGGCCUUGGAGCUGGCUUCAGAGAGAGUCUGGCAGGCGAAGCGCACGUCAGAGCUCUUCUGAGGGGGCCCUGACCGCUGACCAUGGGGCCAACGCACUGAGGGCCCCUCGGAUGAAAAAUAUAAAACAAAAAACAAAGAGGAGCAAAAAAAGAAGCAAGAAAAAGAAGAGAAGCUGAAGAAGACAGAUAGAGAGAGCAGAAACAAUGGUUGUGGAGGAAGUGAUAAUUACGCUGUCCGGUGGAGCGCCGUGGGGCUUUCGUCUCCAGGGAGGCGCGGAACAUCAGAAAGCGCUGCAGGUGGCGAAGGUGCGUAAACGCAGCAAGGCAUGCAGGGCUGGUCUUCGGGAGGCCGAUGAACUGGUGUUCAUCAACGAACAGCCAUGCGGGACGCUAUCCCAUGCCCAGGCCAUGGACCUCAUCGACGGCUCCCCGGGGUUAUUACACAUCCGGGUCAGAAGGGUGCCUGCUGGUUUCCAGUCCGUGGUGCUUGUGACCCGCCCCCCAUCUCCCCGUAUAGACAAAGAAUACCGCGCCGCUCUGCGUGCCAUGUCCCCCAACCACGCACCCAUCCGCGAAAUCCACCGUAGCCAAUCCUCCGCAACCAGUGGAUUAACAUCUCCGCCUGGAAGUGAGGCUUACUACGGCGAAACUGACAGCGACGCGGAUGUGGCGGGCUACGAGAGGCAGCGUCGGCAGAAACGCCGCAGCCCCAGCAACCCGACCCCGGGGAAACCAGCAGGCCGAGUCUCACCUGAGGGCGGAGAGACAUCAGAGAUGAGUGGCUAUGACAGUGCUCCAGACGCGCAUCUUUACCCCAGUUUGUUGGAUGGAGACGGGGGUCUACCAGGGGUGGCACGCAGGGAGGUGGUUUACCAGCCUCCGGGUCCAGGAAUGUGGUCCUCCCAGACAUCCACUGAGACAUCCUCCAUCAUCUCCUCAGCAGAUGACCAGGGGCUACGCGAUGGAGGGCAAGAGGAGGAUAUUGGCUUUCUUGAGCCGUCCAAGGUGCCACUGGUGUCCCCUGAGAGGGCAAAGGAGGCCCUCAAGCUAAGCUCCCGCAGCCAGCUUGUACCCAUGGUGGGUCCGUUGAGUAAACCCAUCGAUGAGGAGCUUUCAACAACCUACAUGGAAAAGGCCAUACAAGCCAAACUGAACCGAGGGGAUACGGUGCAAGACAAGAACGUAAAAGAGGCCAAAAGCAAGUGUCGGACAAUUGCAUCGCUACUGACUGAUGCUCCCAACCCUCACUCCAAAGGGGUGCUGAUGUUCAAGAAGAGGCGGCAGCGCUCCAAGAAGUACACUCUCACCAGUUUUGGUAGUGUGGAUGAGGGUAGGUGUCAGGACUCCCAAGAGGAGGAUGGGGUAUUCCCUGGCAGCGAAUCAGAGUUUGACGAGGAUGGCUUCUCUUCUGUUCCUGAUGCAACUUGGGAUAGUGACUACUUGGAGAGGCUUGAGAAGAGGGCAACUGCAGGCAAUGAAGGUCGUGGGGAUGGGGCAGAGGAUGCUCCAAGCCCAGGGUUGAGUAACACCACAGGCAAGGGAGCCCAGUUGUUUGAGCAGCAGAGAAAGAGGGCUGCUGAGCAUGCCAAGAAAGUUGAGGGGGCACAACCACAGGCUCAAGUCCAGGCCCAAAUGUACCAGUUGCAUCCAGAGUGGCAGCCAAACCCACAGCCUCAGCAGAUGAUACCACCUCAGCAAGAGCUGUCUCAGGCUCCAGUUACAGCCUAUGGAAUGUCUAACGGGGAUCUAUCCUACUCUGCAGUUAGUAGUAGCAUGAUGAUGUCAACUCCACCUGUGGCGCCCAAACCAGCUACGUCCUCAGUCACUGUUCUGACCCGACCUGCACCACCAGCUGAAACACCAAGACCUGAACCACCUGCUAGUAAUGUUCUCAACAGAACGGCACGUCCUUUCACUCCUGGAUUCAUCAGCGUUCGAGCUGCAACGGCGCCUGUGAUGUUCAAACCUUCUGUCACAAAGAUGAGCCAGCGCCCUGCCUCAGCAGCCGUUGUGCCAGCACACUUCUUCACUGCCUCUGAACUAGCCAUGAAUGCUCCAUCAGUAACAUCACAGCUAACCCCUAGUCCUGCGUCAGUGUCCGCCAUCCCAUUUUUUGUACCUCAAGGUCCCUUUGCCCAGACUCCAGAGGAUACCUUUUACUCUCCAGCUGUCUCUACCUCUGUAGAGAAAAUGCAGUCAUUUCCACAAAUGACUGCCGCUUAUCAGCCUCCAUUUGUAGCUGCGCCCCCAGUGUCUGUGGCUCCACCAGCACAACCAGCUUUUGCUGUAUCUCAAAUGUAUGGUUCACCUGAACAGUUUGCCCCAGCGCCUCCAUUUCAAGUGCCAUUUGCUCAGUCACACCCACCUCAAUUUUUCAUGGCACCUGUAGCUACAGUGUCAGUAGUCUCUCAGCCAGAAGCAGUAGCCCCAACCCCUGUUCCUGGUCCAACAGGUCGCACAGGAAUCUUAAAUGAUGCUCGCAGACGAGGUGGCAAACCCAAACCUAUGUUCACCGUGCCGGAGGUCAAGAAGAACUCCCCAAAUCCAGACUUAUUGUGUAUGGUGCAGAAUCUGGAUGACAGGUCCACUCGACACAAAUAUGGCCAACAACCAUGUGAAGAUAUUUACAAUGACGAAGAGGAGGAGAGGAGUUUUGAGGCGGGCAUGGGAAGGGCACCUCCUCCAGUGGCACCCAAGCCUCGGGUCAUCCACGAGACCCCACAGUUUCUUCAAGCAGGGGGUAAGGGGGCCCAGCUGUUUGCCCGCAGACAGAGUCGAAUGGGUAUGUAUGUAGUGGACACCCCACUCGAGACCCCUUACCAGCAGGAGGUGGCCUUACACGGUGGAGCCCCAGUGUUUGACUCCGCCCCCAAUCCUUCAUUGCCCUAUCAGUGGAAAUACUCCCCAAAUGUCCGUGCUCCUCCACCCAUUGGGUACAAUCCACUCCUGGUCCCAUCUAUCCCGACUGGGCCUCAGAGGAAUACAGGGAAGCCAGACAGCAGGGGUAGAGGAGUCUCCCAAAAAGAGGGCAUUCAAGUCCUGGAUUUCAUGAGAAGACAGCCCUACCAGCUCAACUCUGCCAUGUUCAACUAUGGAGGCAGUGUUGCUAACCUAUCAGCCGUGCCCUCUCACCAGGCCCAGAGGCAGCAUGGUGACUACAGGAUGGUGGGCAGCUCAUUAAGCUCACCGAAGCAGAUCCCCAUCAAAACAACCCGUGUCCUUGAGGUCAAGCGAUUCUCCACACCCACACCCAUGUCAGCUCCUACUCUGGCGACCAAGGUUAUUGCACCCCGCUCGGCAACUACGCUCGGAGAACGUUUAUAUGAUUCUGGAACGGUCUCCCCACCUUUUACUCAAUUCGCUCCGACCCCAGCCCCUUUCUUGAAACCAGUACCAAUCAGUGCCCUGAAGCCAGCUGUACCUCCCGCCCAACCAGCUUGGCUGCCCGGACUCCCACAAUUCUCUGCCACCCCGAUUCCACACCCUGUGCCCUAUGCAGUCCCUACACCUUACACUCCAGUAUCAUACACCAGUGGGCUCCAGGGAGCCAAGCAGUUCCAGAGCGCUCCUGACCUCAGUUUCCUGGCCUUUUUGCCCCCAAUCAGGCCCAACCCGGUUCAGGCACCCAAACCACGUUUUGUUGCCACCAAGGUGGGCGUUCAGCCCCAUGUUUGGAGGCCAGGGGCAAUGUAAACACCAGUAAGUGAGUCAAUACCACUCUUGGACAUCUUCAUGUAGUAUUCCUUUACUGAUGAUUUAAUUAACUGGUUCAUUGUUUAAGUCAAAAAUGUUAAAUAUACAUUGGUUUAAGUUUCUCAAAUGUGACAUUGAGCGUGCCUUUCUCUUCUUUCAUCAUUGUUAAUGAAAUAUCUUUGGGUUUUGGGUGGGGCUUUGGCUUUAUGAAAUUGUGUUGGGCAGUCCGCUAAUAAACUAAUAAAUGAAUAAAAAAAGUGACAAAUGAAUGAACAUAAGCGACCCUACAUUAAUUAAUUUAAGCUUCAAAUUCAGCUGUAGACACAAAGUAAUGAAGUAACAUAAAGUGAUGAAGUGAUUCAGUAUUAAACUUCAGAACUUAAGAAAUGGAAAGACAUCAUAGACAUCUAUAAUUGCUGUUCAAAAUAAUAUUCAUCACCAUUUACUCACACUUGUAUCUGAGUAACAAUUAUAUAAAGAGUAUACUUCCACAUACUGUAUGCUGUUUGGUCCUGUUUAGUCCACCAUAUGCCUGUCCUGGGGGAGGUUUGUGUCGGGCUUCUGGAGAUCUCUUUCUACUAGUUUAGCAGAAAUACCAUCUGAACAGAGUCUGUACUGAAAUAUUCUUUGAAACUUGAAAUGUCUGAAAGAUGUUGAAAAUGCAUAGUUGCGGUUCGGAUCAUAGGAUUAAUUCACAGAAGAAAUACUGUAUGAUGUCGUAGGUUGACAGGUGUAGGAUCAUAAAGCAAAAAUAGCAGUUUUAUUUUUAUUUUUUAUCUUCAAACAUUUAAUUCUGAUAUUCAGUACUAUACUAACUUAUGUGCACAACAUGUCUUUUUAACCCUUUCUGUUUGUAGAAUUGUCAAGAAUAAACACACGAUGACCUAGUCUCCUUAUGCAGGGGCUUAAAUAAUGCAUGACCAGUUUAAUAUUGUAACAGGUUUUUAAAUGCCUUUUCUCACUUCAGAACUAUAUGUGAAGACACAGUCUGUGAGGUUGUGCCAAAUACCUCUGCUCACUAGCCAGAGAGAAAUGAUAUCUUUUAGCAUGGGUUACAUUCAAGUCCCCGAGCUGUCGAUGAAUGUACACUUGUCACUGAAUAGCUUCCAUUAGUGCCACCAAAGCCUCCUUAGUAUCAGUGUGGUCUUUGCAGAUAUGUGAAUUAUUAACUUUUAUUAAACAAAUAAUACAAAUAAAGGAAUGUGGAUUUUGGUUUUGUUAAAUCGUGAUAUGUAUCUGGAGUGGUGCAAGGGGAAGUUGACUGAGAGCAGCACCAGAACUACAAGUAUUUAAGAAAUGAGAGAAGAGGGACGGAGGCAGUAUUUACAAUAAAUGGGGAUUGUUCAGCAUUUGCGGCCGAUUGGGAUUUAUAGUUUAAUUAAAUUCCCCGGUCCGGAGAAGUAAACGAGGGAUGCAUAGGAAAGUUUGGGACCUGAAGUUUGUUGGUAAAGCUAAAGAAGCUGUUGGAAAGAAGCAUAUAGUUGAGCUGGUGUCUUUCCAUUAAGUAUGGUUGUUGUUAAAAAGUAAGGAAUACAAUUUAAUGGCUAUAUACUGUAUACCUAGGCGUGUUAAUGGAAAAACAAAGGAAUACAUGUGUUGUUUUCAGUCAUGGAUUUCUUGGGGAGAUAGAGUAUGUUUGUUAUUUUUUACAACUUAAAAAAAUAUAAUUUACCUUAAAGUUUUUUUCUUUUUUUCAUAAUAUAAUAGCAACAACAAAUCUAGAGUGUAGAUAUGAUUAUGUUGAUGUGUAAGAUAGGAUUAUAUAUAAAUCAAAAUGUGUUUGAUUCAAUGAAAAGUGUGAACAUGUUUGUUAAUGCUGAGUAGACGUUCAUACUGACCAGGAGGCAAAACAUUUUUAGAAGAAUAAAAAUUUGAUUUGAAAGCUCUAA